AUGUGCAGAGCGAUAUAUGGCACGAACCGAAGGCGAUGGAACAAACUUAAAUACGUGAUACUGGUAGUCAUUUUGUACAUUGCCAUAGCCAAAUUCUACAAUGGCAUUGUAAGUUUUGUCAGAAUUUGCAUCAUAUAGUACUAUAGCUUUUAUUUUUAAAAAUUUUUUAUGUAGCAAUAAAAUUAAAAAAUAGGUAAUAAAAGAUAAGCAAUGUUGAUUUCGCAUCUUUUUUGUCAUUUUUAUAUAAUUAUUGUCGUUUUAGAGCACCGUCGAUGAAAACUCAACAUUAACUAACGACGUAAACCAUGAUAUACCUCUAAGGUUUGGCAGACUGCUUCAAAACUUCUCCAGAGCUGAUUUUGAGGUAAGAAUUAAUUAUGUCAUACCUAUUAUAACUUGUACACUACAACGUUUGCGUUUAUGUUAUCUUGUUAUAGACAAACGAAGUAUAUGUUAUUAUAGACAAACGAGACCAUUGCCGUAUUAGUGUUUUGUGCGACAAGAGAAGCAGCAAUAGAGAACCACUUGAAACAACUAGUUAAACAACGGCCAUCUGUUAAGAACUUUCCUAUUUAUGUCAGUCAAGAUGGCGGGUUGGAAGGUGUGACAUACGUGAUCAAAAAGUACAUGACACAGUACUCAAACAUUCAUUUUUUACAGGUAAUAUUAAAGUUUUUAUUUGGUUCUUAGGAGAAUUUUAAUUUUUGGGGUUUUUGACGAAUGCACAGUGCAGCUUUUUUAAAUUUGCACGGUGCAAUUUUUUACUAGAAUUUAAAUUUUUAAAACUUUUUUUUAACUUAAUAAAUAGAUUUAAAAAAUUAUCUUUUUUAUUUUAGCACACACCCCCAUUCCCAAACAAAAGAUCAAAAGCCUACCACAACAUCGCCUCUCAUUACAAAUGGGCCAUAGACAGUGUCCUAGCCAAUCAUUCCGCCGUAAUCAUAACCGAAGACGAUCUAGAUAUUGCCGAUGACUUUUUCAGCUACUUUCAAUCUACUCGGUACUUACUAGAUGCGGAUCCAAGCAUAUGGUGUAUAUCGGCGUGGAACGACAAUGGUGGAAAUCGACUGGUUGAUAAUAACAAACCAGAUUUACUGUACAGAACCGACUUUUUUCCGGGGUUAGGCUGGAUGGUGAAGAGUAAUGUGUGGAAGGAGUUGAGUGAGAAAUGGCCUGAAGCUUAUUGGGACGAUUUCAUGAGGAUGCCUUCUGUAAGGAAGAAUAGAGUUUGUAUCAGACCAGAGGUGUCAAGGACAAGGCAUAACAACAGGCUGGCUGGCAAAGGGUCUAGCAAGUACGUUUUUUGUUAGGAAGGGGGUAUUUUUGAGAGGUUAUUUUAGUGAAAUGAUGGAUUUUUUGUGAUUUUUGGCUCAAAUUCACCGUUAUUUUUCAACAAAUCUUAAAUUUUAGGUAACAAAAACGCAUAAAAUUACUUUUCGAAUACUUUUAAGUUAAAUUUUAACGAAUUUUUUUAUAAGCUUUUUCAAUUUUCAGCGGCCAAUUCAAGAGUUACCUAGAGCAGAUCGCCGUCCCAAAGUCUCCGGUUGAUUUUUCUCUAAUCGACAUGGAUCGACUGAUAAAGCCCCACUACGACCGAACUCUCCGAUCCCAGAUUCAAGAAGCCAAACUCGUAGAAAUCGACAGACUACUUAAACAAGAAAAAUUGGAUCCAGAGUUUGCAUAUAAAGUAAUAUUCAACGAUCCACGAGAAUUUCGGAAAUUCGCCAAACCUGCCACAUUGAUGAUUGACAUUCGAGGAGGCCUGAUCAGGACAAUAUACAAUGGAGUAGUUACCUUCAUGUGGAAAGAAGUUAGGAUUUAUGCGGUUAUGGGGAAGGUGGAUUUGAAGCGGCCGUUCGAAGAAAUUCAGGCUGAUAAUGACAUUUAUGACGAGAAAUGGGACAAGAUGAGUCGAUUCUUGGACUUUGAAGCAGUUAUUUGUGUAAAGUAAGUUUUUGUGGGUAUAAAAUAAGUUUUUGUGGGUAAGCUUGGACUAUUGGUAUUAAAACUGGGGUCAGUAUUUUUAUUUGCCGGAACUUAUGUAGUGAUAACCAUUGGAUUAACAUAGUAUUAUAAGAUGAGUUUUUAAAAAAUGCCAUUUCUUUUCAGAUACUCAGGAAAAUGCGAUCCAUACUCGGCCGAAAUGAAAGAAUGGAUCAAAAGCAAACGCUACACCAAAAAGGUGGCCAACUUUGGUGAAAUGAUCGUAUUUUAA